GCGGGGAGGGACCCUGCGCACAAUGGCCCAAUGGCAGCCCUGCACACCCCGGCAUUUGUUUACAUAUUGGUGGAGGAACCCAGGAGCGCAGCACCUCGUUCAUCUUUGUGCUGGAUCCUUCGUUGUAGGCCUCUGACGCCUUAGUUUGAGGGUCUGCAAGCUGGCAGAGAACAAGAAGGCAACCAUGACGAAUUCGGAUGAGGAGAUGAUAGCCUUGAGGUGGAAUAACCACCUCACCACCUUAUCACAGCUUCUCUUCUCAUUACGAGAGGAGGAAUCCCUCAUAGACGCCACGCUGGCUUGUGAUGGCAAGCUGUUCCCUGCCCAUAAGUUUGUUCUGUCGAUGUGUAGUGAAUACUUCAAGGAGAUGUUCACUACAAAUCCCUGCAAGCACCCUAUUGUGUAUAUGAAGGAUGUCAAGAGUGAAGACAUGGAGGCGCUGCUGGACUUCAUGUACCGAGGUGUUGUCCACAUCCCCCAGGAGUCCCUGACUGGUCUGCUCAAGACUGCUGAAGGCCUGCAGAUCCGAGGCCUUGGAAUGUUUGCCCGAGAGGCUGCAGAGAACGGAGGAAUACCCACCUCAGACCGCUCCGUGGUGUCAGGAGCCCUAGAGCCCAACGUCAUGGUGAGCCCGGAGCGGAAACGACCCUACGACAUGGACCACUCGGAAACUUCACUGGUUAACUUCUCAGAUGGCGAACUUGAUGAUCAACCUCUUCACGCAAGCACUACCUCCACCCCUGCCACCACCACCACCCCAAAGAAGCCCAAGAUAACGUCAAUAAUGUCCGAUGACUGUACGAAUGAUGUCCCGGCACCAAUACCUGACUUGCCCAGAGUUUCAGAAGACAUGCUGGACUUGGGAGGCGGAGUAACCAUACCUGCCAGUGAUUAUUUUAAGUUUCGUCGCACCAAUGCCAAUCGCUACAUCAACGACCUCCUUCGGUACUUUUUUCCGGUGGAAGUGUUGGCCUCCUCCUCCCUCACGGGGGGGGAAUGUUUUGCCAACAAAGACAAAGGACCCUCCAACAAGAACCAGCUCGACCCCUGCAUCAUCAGAGUCAUCACACAUGAUGCAAUACGGAACUUUCCCGCCAUAGAUGAAAAACAAGUAAGGAAUGCAAUCCGGCGCAAGCUCAACACAGAAUCCCGCAUAUACCGUAGUCAGGAAAAAUUUGGGGGUAUUUUGCCGAAGCGGAAUCCAGUGCAGAGAAGGCGCAGCAGGUUUGCAGAGUCUCCGCGGGCCCUGGUGUCUAUUGAGAAGUCAGCAGACCGCGAGAAGGACAAAGGGCCCCCAAUGGUGACACCAAAUGUUACCGUAGAGAAGGCGCCCUCCAAAGACUCAAGAAGACCAACCUAUGCCUCUGGUCAGAGCCAGCAGCAGGACAAGGAUGGCAAAAGAGACGGGGACACUUCUUAUUUCAGCAGACUGGACAAAGCUGUGAGGCCCGGUGAUCAGGGUCAGCCUUCUAACUCAGCUACUCCUACUCCAGUAGCCACACCCAGCCUCCCUUCCUCCUCCUCCUCCCCGGCUACUGGUGCAGAUAAGACAUUUAAACUCUGUCAUGAGAACCUGGUGAAAGCCGAGCUGCCCGCUGCCUCCCAGUACCUCCCGCAGGAGUACUCGUAUCCCACAGUGAUGCCGCCGCACGUCAGCCAGGCAUACCUCCCCCACCACAUGGCAGCCGCAGAUCCCACUUACCUGCGCCGGCUAGAGAUGAGCCAGGCCACGCCCCAUCCUGCAGCGCUGUCCUACACGUAUCCACACGCCACCUUACCCACCUCAGAAUCCAUGGAGCCCAGUCUGCACAUGUAGUGAGGUUUGUCUUUGUCUUUUCCCUUCAAAUUCCAGUGCAAAUUAACAAAAUAUACAUAAAAUGUUUUAUAUUGACAGGAGGGUGGCUGUUGCCCCCUGUAGGGAUGUCACAGGUGAGGUUCUCUGUCACAGAGCUUAGAAAUCACUUGUACUUGUUAUUCAUGCCAAGUUUUGAUGCAUGAAAGAUCUGAUUUAUGCAAUUAUUUUUUAUAAAUAUUUAUUUGUAUUAUUUUUUCAUCACUUAUGUGAUAACAAAAUUAUCUGUUGCUUCUUGAAGGUCUCGGACUUACCAAUCAGGUUUUAUUUCUCAUCAGAGGGUGAAAUUAAUAACUCAAGUGAUGCUUAGUGUCAGGAAAUGUAGAUAACUGGUCAAUAGGACUGUCAUUAAGAUUUUAUACUUAAUUUUAUACGGCCUUUGAGAAAUCCAGUGUGAAUAUUGAAGUAUUUGUAUUACUAAUUCAUAUUAUGUAUUUUUCUCAUAGAAUUCCAUUACUUUACUUUGUAAACCACUUCUUAGGAAUGCAAUAAAGAUCACCUUUGUUGAAUAAUUUGGUAGACAUCUGACAUGACCAUCUCUGUGACUAAUGCCAGUGUUCAGCCAUUAGGGAAUCCCAAUUUCCCCAUUGUUCUUCAGUAGUAAUAAAAAGACGGGAACCAGCAGCCUCCAGCCAUGUGGUGCUCCUCCUCCACCUCGAGGGAAGGCGAGUAGUGAUCCUUUUCCCCGGUAGUUUGUCAUUGCCAUAUUUCUCAUCCUAUCUUGGUUAAAUUUGUAACUACUUUAUAUUAAUAUGUUGGACUCUUAAGACCUGAAUAUUAACUUGGUGAUUAAAUUAUCGUUGUAAAGCUCGUAGUUAAAUGGGGAUAAAAUGAUAUCAAUGUGCUGGACUAGAAAGUCAAGAGGGAUGCCACAUGUCAGGAAGAUAUUGGUUCUGUGUGUUAGUUUUUAUUUGGUUCAUAAUAGAACAUUGAAUAUUUUUAAAGAGAACAGUUUUGAACAUAUCUUUGCACAUAAGCCAGCAUAUGGUCUUGCACAUGAAUAUAUUUCAAAAGUUUCAUCAAGGGUGAACAAAAUAAGUUUGUUAGCCUACUUGGUGGUUACUACGGGGCUUAAUACACUAGUAUGGAGAAGCAGCAGCAUCAAGUCACCACAGUGUGUGAAGAGGUUGUUUGACCACUGCCAGCCAAGAGCCACUGAAGAGGGAUAUAGAAAAUGUGAUGUUUUCUAAUGGUUAUAAUUUUGGCAUGUUUUCUGCCUUCCAUUCUGGCACUCCAACUGCAGUUAUGGAUGUGGAAAUGUGGAACUUGUAUGUAAUUAUUUGUUGUAUGUACGUUUAUUCUAAGAAUUAUAUUAAUCCAUAUAGUGCUUACUACAAUGA